AUGAAAUCUCCUCUGGCAUUGGGCCUAACGACAAUUUCCCCCCAUUAAGGAAAAUGGGCCCGGAGUGGGCCAGUUUGACCCUGGACCCAUCUCCCGCUGCCACCUGCAGCCACCACCAUGCACCGCCGGCCGGACAGGCGCAGAGAGUCUCAGCCGGCCAGAAACAGAGCACUCAAUCACUCACGCACCGAGCCACUGUACAAGAUUUCUGUUGUGUUUCCCUCGUGACCGAAAAUGGAGGGAACCGCUUUGCACGCUUUGGCAUAUUACGCGAUUGUGAGAGACAAGUCUCAGGGCUAGCUAGCUUUGCACUUGGCGGAGGA